AGCCCGUAAAAGAAAAAAAAGCCCGUAUUGUAAACAACAAAACUAGGGUUUUGCUGAGAGCGACGAUGAUAUAAAACCCUAAUUUAUCGUCCCCUCCAUUUCUUUCUGAGAUCUCUCCCAAUAGCCUCCAGAACUCAAAUCCCCAUUUUAGCUUAGGAGAAGAAAAAUGACUACAGUACCAGGAGCAUUGAUAUGGGAGAUAGUGAAGAAGAACAACUGCUUUUUGGUGAAGGAGUUUGGGAAUGGAUCUGCUAAAGUUCAAUUUAGCAAGGAGAGCAACAAUCUUUACAACAGACACUCCUACAAGUAUUCUGGGAUUGCAAACCCCAAGACUGUAUCUGUUCAAGCAGGAGGCAAAGACUCAGUAGUGCUUACUACAACAAAGACCAGGAAGCAGAACAAGCCUGGAAGUAUGCAACACAAGUCUACAAUGAAGAAAGAUUUCAGUAGGAUGGUCAAGGCUGUUGAGAACCAGGUCGCUGACAAUUACUACAGGCCUGACUUGAAGAAAGCUGCCCUAGCUAGGCUGAGCAUUGUGAACAGAAGCCUUCAAGUUGCCAAGUCUGGUGUUAAGAAGAGGAACAGGCAGCCACCUAAGCUCCGUGGCAGGAAGUGAAUUAGGCGUUGAAAUUUUGUCAUACUCUUGAUUAGUAGUUCUGGAGGACUCUCUUUCUUCGACUUAAUAUCCUAUUUUGGGUCUUUGUAGCUUUUCUGGUGUGAGACCGUAUUAUUUUCAGUUUAUGAGAAAUAGACAAAUUGGUUUCUA